AUGGAUGGCGAUCCCGCUGUUGAUCCGGAGCUUGACUCCUUCAGCUUGGCUUUCCCUCUGCCAUACCGUGUCGGCUUCAUCGCAACUUUGGCCGUCUGGGGAUGGGGCUUGAACCUCCACUGCCUCUAUCUCUUCAAUGUCGACGUUCCGCACCUUAUUCGAUAUCCCGGCCGAUCAUCGCCGCAACACAUUCCGCAUCAUGGCUCGACCUAUCGCCUCGCCAUAGCUCUGUCCGCAUUGUUCAGCCUGUCGAUAACUCUGUUCUGGCUGUGUACGUGGGGCAUUCCGGAGCGCGUCAUUGCCUACGGCUGGAUGCCGCUGUCCUACCUCUUUGCACUGGUUGUGCUGUUCGUUGUUCCGCUGAGGAACCUUCCUAGUGGCGGCAGAAGGAGGUUCUUGGCUACCCUGCGGCGCGUUAGCAUUGGUGGGCUAGCCGAAGCCCAAGACGGCAAGUUCGGGGACAUCUUGCUCGCCGAUGUUUUGACAUCGUACGCCAAGGUCUUUGGGGACCUGUUCGUUACGUUGUGCAUGUUCUUUUCAGCACAGGGUUCGUCGACUAAGAGACCCGAUCGCAACUGCGGAGGAACAGUGAUUGUGCCGCUCAUCAUGGGGUUGCCGAGUUUGAUUCGAUUCCGACAGUGCUUGAUUGAGUACUAUCGUGUCCGAAGGGCACCAUACAAGGAGUCGACGGGUUGGGGCGGUCAGCACCUGGCCAACGCCCUCAAGUACUCGUCGGCAUUCCCUGUGUUGAUAACCAGCGCCUGGCAGAGGUCCGUGGAUGACCCAGACUCCAAGGCCGUCCUCCACAAGGCAUGGAUCGUUGCUGUGCUGAUCAACUCACUCUACUCGUUCUACUGGGACGUGACCAAGGAUUGGGACAUGACCCUCUUCGCGUCAAAGCGAGACCGCGAAUCACCACAUCACCCGUUUGGGCUGCGAGACAGGUUGGUCUUCAGGGUGCCCAACCUCUACUAUUUUGUGAUCGGCAUGGAUUUGAUGCUGCGGUGUACAUGGUCGAUAAAACUCAAUAGCCGCCUGGACAAGUUCAGCGACCUGGAGGGAGGGAUAUUCCUCAUCGAGUUUCUCGAGGUGUUCCGACGAUGGGUGUGGAUCUUUUUCCGCGUCGAGACGGAGUGGAUCAGGAAUUCCUCCACCGGCCUCGGGAUCGACGACAUUCUUCUUGGAGACUAUCAGGGCAAGGACGACGAGGAGGAUUAA